GACAAUUUAUAGUGACGUACACAUAGAUGUUUACACGUGAAGGCUAUGUGGGGUUCCACAUGAGUUCCUUCAGAAGCAUCUAUUUUAUUCUCUGCAACCUUUUUGAAGGGUUUAGCCGAAAAAGUUUUGGUUUAAAAUGGGGAAGUUGAGGAAGAAGCACAACUGGAAAGGGAGACAGCAAAGCGACACUCAGCAACCAGCGAAGGAAGAGAAGACGGGUGUUGUGGUUGAGCUGCACGAUGGAGACAGGUUGAAAGGUGUGGACGAGAGCAACGCCCUGGUCCUUCCAGCCUACAGAAACAAGAAGAAAACAAAGGAAGAGCAAAACCUUAAACAACCUAAAAAACCUCUCACAAAGAAGCAAAGGAAAGAGCUACAAAAGGUCUUGGAGCGUAAAGAGAAGAAAGCUCAUAGGGCAGAUAUUCUGACCAAACUGUGUGAGGUGCAGCUUCCAGAGUCUGAACUGAAACUUUUGUAUACAACAUCCAAACUGGGAACAGGAGGAAAACUUUACCAAACUAAACAGUCAUUGGAUGAAGUGAAAGAUGGAGGCUCUGGUCCAAAGAUCAGCAGUGUCAGUGGGGCAAACAGAAAAAGAAAAUGGGAAGAAGAAGAAGAAGAGGAUGAAGAACCAAAGAAAGAAGAAAGCAGUGAGGACGAGACAUCUUCUGAGGAGGAAGAAGAGGAUGAAGACGAAGGGAAUAACUCCACAGAGACAUCCAAACUUCUUACAGCUGCUAAAAGCGAACAGGAAGUGAAGGUGGAGCAGAAUGACGUGGAUCCAGAUAAACAGAGAGAGACCAUUACUGAUCAGAACACCGUACAAAGCAAGAGGCUUUCAGAGCCGGCUGUCUUUAUUCCCGUCAACCGGUCAGCGGAGGUUCAGGAAGCUCGUCUGAAGCUCCCAGUACUGGGUGAGGAGCAGGUCAUCAUGGAGGCAGUCAAGGAGAAUCCCUGCGUUGUCAUCUGUGGAGAGACAGGAAGUGGAAAGACGACACAGGUUCCUCAGUUCCUGUAUGAGGCUGGUUAUGCCAGCGGCAGCAGGAUCAUUGGGAUCACAGAGCCAAGGAGGGUCGCCGCUGUCAGUAUGUCACACAGAGUGGCUAAAGAGAUGAACCUUCCCACACAAGUGGUGUCGUACCAGAUUCGAUAUGAGGGCAAUGUGACGAGUGACACAAAGAUCAAGUUCAUGACAGACGGAGUCCUGCUGAAGGAGAUUCAGAAGGAUUUCCUGCUCCAGCGAUACAGUGUGAUAAUUAUAGACGAGGCCCACGAACGCAGCGUCUACACGGACAUCCUGAUUGGGUUGUUGUCUCGCAUCGUCCCACUGAGAAACAAGAAAGGGAUGCCCAUGAAGCUGCUGAUCAUGUCAGCCACUCUGCGCAUUGAGGACUUCACAGAAAAUCAGAAGCUUUUUCGGACUGUACCGCCCGUCAUUAAGGUGGAUGCUCGGCAGUUCCCGGUCACCGUACAUUUCAACAAACGAACUCCGUUGGACGACUACACCGGGGAGGCCUUUCACAAGACCUGCAAAAUCCACAGGAUGCUGCCUCCUGGGGGCAUCCUGGUGUUUCUAACAGGACAGGCUGAGGUCCACAGCCUCUGCAGGAGACUCAGGAAUGCCUUCCCAUUCAGGAAGGGCAGCACAGCCACUGCUGACGAACAGGAAGCAGACACGGCUGAGGCAAUGAGGAAAUUUAAGAAGCUCAAAAAGAAGAAGAAUGUUUCUCUGCCUCGGAUCGACCUGGAUAACUACUCUGCCCUGCCAGUGGAUGAGGGGGACGAGGACAGAGAGGCGGGUAUCGGAGAUGAGGAGGACGGAGGGUCGGACCUUGAACUAGGCGACGAUCCAGCCGACACGGAGGACAAAGCCGACCCGUCCAUUCCUCUCUAUGUUCUCCCUCUGUAUUCUCUGUUGGCCCCUGAACAGCAGGCGAAGGUGUUCAGGCCUCCUCCGCCAGGCACUCGUCUCUGUGUCGUCGCCACAAACGUCGCAGAGACGUCUUUGACCAUUCCUGGCAUCAAAUACGUCGUCGACUGUGGCAGAGUUAAGAAGCGUUACUACGACCGAGUCACAGGAGUGUCGUCCUUUAAAGUCACAUGGACCUCCCAGGCAUCGGCCAAUCAGAGGGCAGGCAGAGCUGGACGAACGGAGGCGGGACACUGCUACAGGUUGUAUUCCUCUGCGGUUUUUGGAGACUUUAGCCAAUUUUCCGAAGCAGAGAUCACCCGCAGGCCUGUAGAGGACUUGGUUUUGCAGAUGAAGGAUCUUAACAUCGAUAAGGUGGUUAAUUUUCCUUUCCCCACACCUCCCUCCGCUGAGGCUCUGGUCGCUGCAGAGGAGUUACUGGUCUCACUGGGAGCUCUGGAAGAGCCACCUCGUUCUGGAAGAAUGCAAGACUUGCAACGAGCGAAGCUCAGCUGUCCCAUCACUCCGCUGGGUAGAGCCAUGGCGUCGUUUCCUGUGGCUCCACGUUAUGCUAAAAUGUUGGCGCUUGGAAAGCAGCAGGACUGUCUGCCCUACAUCAUCGCUGUGGUUUCAGCCAUGACUGUCCGGGAACUUUUUGAGGACUUUGACAGACCUGCUCGCAGUGACGAUGAGAGCUCCAAGCUUAACCAGCGUCGAGCGCGGCUGGCCCAGAUGAGGCGUCUGUGGGCGGGACAGGGAGCUUCACUCCUGCUGGGGGAUCUCAUGGUCAUGCUGGGGGCUGUUGGUGCCUGUGAAUUUGCCGGCUGCACUCCCAAGUUCUGUGAGGACAACGGAUUGAGGUACAAAGCAAUGGUGGAGAUCAGGAGGCUCAGAGGUCAACUUACUAAUGCAGUGAACGCUGUGUGCCCGGAGGUGGGAGUGUUUGUGGACCCUAAGAUGGCUCCACCUACAGAACAUCAGGUGGUCUGUCUGCGGCAGAUUGUUCUAGCUGGGCUGGGAGACCACCUGGCGAGACGCGUCCAAGCAGAAGACAUGCUGGACCCAAAGUGGAAGAAUGCCUAUAAGACUCCCCUGAUGGACGACCCGGUGUUCAUUCAUCCCAAUUCUGCUUUGUUUAAAACGUUGCCAGAGUUUGUGGUCUAUCAGGAGAUCAUGGAGACUUCUAAAAUGUACAUGAGAGGUGUUUCAGCUGUGGAAGCAGAGUGGGUUCCACAGCUCCUGCCUCAGUACUGUCACUUCGGCUCUCCUCUAGACUCUCCGGUGCCGUGGUUCUGUUCCUCCACCGGCACCAUCAGAUGCCACAGAUCGAGCACAUUCUUCCGGAUCGGGUGGCAGCUGCCUGCAGUGGAGAUGGAGUAUCCUGAAGGUUUGGAGCGGUACCGGCUGUUUGCCAGGUUUCUUCUGGAGGGACAGGUUUGUCCCAAACUAAAGAAAAAUACAGGCCACCUUCUGUCGAACCCUUCCAUCAUGAUGAAAACUUGGGCAAAACUUCAGCCUAGAACUGAAGCUUUACUGGGACCAUUGGUUUCAAGGAGGGUCGACAGCAGAGAUGCUCUCCACUCUAUCUGGAGGACUGAAGAGAAUUUUCUGUUGUCUGCCUACUGCCAGUGGUUACCUGAGGCCAUGCACCAGGAAGUCACCAAACUCUGGCCUCCCAUUUAAAGGCUGAAGACAGAACAGGGAAGAGACUGAGCAAAGCCUUGGCCACAGUAGUCUUUAUCAGAUUGUACUGAUUUUUAUGCAACUAUAACACCACAAUACCUACUUUUUCCAGUUUUUAUUGUAUACAUUAAGUCUGUGACCUGUAAAAAUAUUUGUGGGGAGGAAUGUCUUUGUUUGACAUCUGUACUAACUCUGACACUGUAUUCUAUUUAAUCAGUGUGCUGCUGUUAAAAACUUGGUCUUCAUAAGACUUUAUAAAGCAUUUGAUUUGAAAACAAA